UACUAUGAGGGCUCCCUGGACUUGCUGGCUCCGGGCCUUUUCCAGUACUACCAGGCUGUGCUAGACGGGAUAUGCAGCUUUUAUCCAAGGCUUGCUCACUUCUGGGAAUGCUCUCCCUUUGCAUGCUGCUGCUUCAACCUCAGGCCGCGGGUAUGGGCAUUUAUACACACGGACCACUUCAACAUUCCUUUUGGCUGGUGUUCCAUAACAGCCCUGGGUCGCUUUUGCCCCCAGCGCAGUGGCCACUUGAUCCUCUGGGACUGGGGGCUGAUCAUCGAUUUUCCCCAUGGAUCAACCAUCUACAUUCCCUCCGCAUUAGUUCAACACUCCAACAUUCCAGUUCAAGCACAUGAAACCCGCUUCUCCAUUGUACAAUGGAUGCCCGGCCCACUGUGUCUCUGGUUUGAUUAUGGGUUUAGGUCCUCCAAAAGCUUUCUGGCAGAGCAUGGCAAAGCUAAGGUGGCAGAUGCUAAUGCGGCGCACUGGGCUGAAGGCCUGAAACUGCUCUCCAAGCUCAGGGACUUCCACCAACAUGGGCAAUGA